GCGGUCACUUCCGGUUCACAUUCGACUAGUGCCUCAUCACGAAGAGGCUCUCUAUCUUCCGAACGGAUUGUGCUGUUCAGUCUCAGAGGGGAAGGGGAUCGUCGGCGGGGGCAGAGUCUCUUGCAGAGCAAUGUUCCUUCCUGCCCUGCCUGGUGCAUUUCCUCGGGGUGGAGCUGGAGGCCUUUCUUGAGGGAGCCAAGAAUCCCCACGUUCCUGCUUCUAUACGGAGCUCCUGGAAGCUCCCUGAAGAAGGAGCUGGAGCUUCCACGCCUUUUCUGUGAAGGGAAGCCAAGCGACCCUUGUCUUCUCACCCCAUCUGAUUUGGUCUCCUGCUCCUACUGGAGAAGAUCCAUGACAUGGAAUCUUGGUGGCUCAGAUCUUCAUCCCUAGGAAGAGAACAAGGAGAUACUUUUUAUCUUGCUGGGAGGCUGCCUUGGAGCACAGAUUAAAGAUGGGAAAGGAAGACUUAGUUGGCUGCAAGGCAGGAGACAGCCCUGAGGCCAGCCAAGUGGGGAGCACUGAGGAAUUCUGGGAAAGGGCCAAGCAGAAGAUGCUGGUUGAGGACAUGAGGAGCUCAGAGGCCCAGCGCCUGUGCUUCAGGCAGUUCUGCUACCAGCAGGCCGAGGGCCCCCGAGAAGUUUGCAGCAGACUCCAUGCCCUUUGCUAUCAAUGGCUGAAGCCGGAAAGCCACAUGAAAGCUCAGAUCCUGGACCUGGUGAUCCUGGAGCAGUUCCUGACUGUCCUGCCCCCAGAAAUGGAGAUCUGGGUCAGAGAGUGUGGAGCGGAGACCAGUUCCCAGGCAGUGGCCCUGGCAGAAGGUUUCCUCCUGAGCCAGGCAGAGGACAGGGAGCAAGAAGAACAGCAGAUGCAAGGACUGUUGUCGGAAGCAGCCCCUGACUUCCCUGGGGCAGAGAAGGUUCUGUUGCACCCUGGGCAGAGGCCGUGGUCCAGGGGGAUCUCACAGGAGGGUGAUGGAGGUGCCACCUUGCUGAAUGCUGGAAUGACACUACCAAUGCAGUCUCAGCCAUCUGUUUCUAGUGGAGUGGAAGAAGCUUCGAGACAAGCAGAUCAGGGCCAGGUGACCUUUGAGGAGGUGGCUGUGCAUUUCACGGAGGAGGAGUGGGCUCUGCUGGAUCUGGACCAAAGGGCUCUGCACAGGGAAGUCAUGCAGGAGAAUUGUGGGAACGUUGCCUCUCUGGCAGGUGACUGUUGGGAGAGGAAGAAUGAAGAGAAACCUAGCAGAAGAUUGUUGGGAGGUGUGAGAUGGAAGAGAGAACAAGAGAAGGAAACGGAAAGGAACAACAGAACAACAGAAGGAAGCGGAGAGAACAAAACGGAAGGAAAAGAGAAGAACAGGAACAGAUCAUCCACUUCUCAACAUGGUGAUGUCCAUAAAAUCAGAAUCCAAAAAACAGUGCAGAAAGAAACAGAAAGAAGCCUGUGCCCUCUGAGUAGGAAAAGCUUCAUUUCUGAACCAAACUUCCAACCUCAGUGGGAAAUUUACAUAGGGGAGAAAAAAUAUAAAUGUUUGGAUUGCGGAAAGAGCUUCAGCCGGAGCGGAAAUCUUACUUUACAUCAUAGAAUCCACACUGGGGAGAAACCAUAUAAAUGCUUGGAGUGUGGAAAGAGCUUCAGUACAAAGGGACAACGUACUAACCAUCAAAGAAUCCAUACUGGAGAGAAACCAUAUACGUGCUUGGAGUGUGGAAAGAGCUUUAGCGAAAGUGGAAAACUUACUAGACAUCAUAGAACUCACACUGGAGAGAAACCAUAUAAAUGCCUGGAGUGUGGCAAUAGCUUCACCCAGAGUGCAACACUUACUAGACAUAAAAGAAUCCAUACUGGGGAAAAACCAUUUAAAUGCUUGGAGUGUGGAAAGAGCUUCAAUGGCAGUGGAGUACUUAAUAGACAUCAAAGGAUCCACACUGGAGAAAAACCAUAUAAAUGCUUAGAGUGUGGAAAGAGCUUCAGUGACAGUUGGCAGUGUACUAGUCAUCAAAGAACUCACACAGGAGAAAUCACAUAAAUGCUUUGAGUGUGGAAAGAGCUUCAGGUGAAUCGUAAAUCUCACUUUACAUCAAAGGACUCUGCAUGGGGAAAUGGACGAUUAUAUUUGUGUGUGAUGGAGAGAGAGAGGGCUGAGGAAAUGUUGGCUCAGUUUAUCAGCCAGACAAAUUAUUUUACUCAAGCUAUGUGGGUACAUUGCUCAUCAGGGCUUUUUUCACUUGUCAGGCAUCAUUUUUCACUCGUCACAGACUAGUAGACUAGUGGAUUUCUGCAGCCCUCCCCAUUUGUCUCGUUCCCUUUCCUGACCCCAAUCCACUAUGGGAACCCAAACUUGUUUGGGUUCAACAUCUUAAUCCUCUCACUAUUCUUACAAUUCUCUGUACUGUCUCCCCACUCUUUCUAUACCCAAUUUGGUUUCUAAUGAAAUGUAGUUUUAAUUUUAAUCUGUUUUUAAAUGGGGGUUUUGAAAUAAAAAAAAUACAUUUUUUUAAAUGUAUACUACCCUGAGCCACUCUAAGAAGGGCAGCAUAUAAAUCUAAUGAAUGAAUGAAUAAAAUAUAUUCCUGACAGCAA